CAGCGCGAGCCGGUGCGUGCACUGCGCUGACGAGCCGUUGCUUGUGGAAACAGCUGGUGGUUUCUGUCAGCCAACUCUCCGGCUUCAAAGCAGCAUUACUGCGAAGAAAAGUUCAAAUUAGCCUCGAAAGUGACUGAAUACGCUGUGUUUAAAGUAUCUGCUCCCGUUCCAUCCGAAACCGGGAAAUGUCAUUCAUUACCCGCCCCGUUAUUAAGGCUGUGGUUUAAUUAACGGACCGGCGUGUUAGCGGCGCUAGCUCACUCUGCGCUCACACAAUUACUACCAAAGAAAAGAAGUUUUUACUCUUUCUUUUUUCAGGGGACGCUGCCAGCUCUAUAGGGACUCCUUCUCCUCCUGUCCCGUCCAGGAACGGCAUUUUUUGCUCAGUUUCAGCAUGGCUCACAUACAUUAUAAAUUCUCCUCCAAACUCAGCUACGACACCGUGAUUUUCGACGGCCCGAACAUCAGCCUGCGGGAGCUGAAGAGGCAGAUCAUGGGCAGGGAGAAGCUGCGAGCCGGGGACUGCGACCUGCAGAUCACCAACGCCCAGACCAAAGAAGAGUACACCGAGGAUGAUGGCCAGAUUUCCAAAGGCUCCUCUGUCAUUGUCAGGCGUGUCCCUGUCAGAGGAAUCAAGUCCAGCUCAAACAGCAAAACCAAAAACACAGAAAGACUUGACACCCCAUCUUAUAAAGCCUUUGGAGCCAGCAGAGCAAUGGAUAACCAGAGUUCUAACAUGGCUUUGUCAUUUUUCUCUAAGAUGCAGAUGGCUAACUUGGUUGAUGCGGAUGUGUCAGAGGAGGAUAAGAUCAAAGUUAUGAUAAAUCAGUCCUGCUACAACCCCAUGAAUUUUAGUACAAAGGUUGGCACUGUCCUGCCAGACAACUAUACGUGCUAUCGCUGUGGAAACACUGGACACCACAUCAGGAACUGUCCAACUGCUGGGGAUAAAAGCUUUGAGGGUCCUCAGAAGAUAAAGAAGAGUACAGGCAUCCCUCGCUCCUUCAUGGUCGAGGUGGAUGAUCCCAAUAUUAAAGGAGUCAUGAUGACCAACUGUGGACGUUUCGCCAUUCCUGCCAUAGAUGCACAGGCGUACGCGAUUGGCAAGAAGGAGAAGCCUCCGUUCGUUCCACAAGAGGAACCAAAACCUGUAGAAGAGCAUGAUCCCAUACCUGAUGAGCUUCUUUGCCUCAUAUGUCACGACCUGCUCAGUGACUCUGUGGUCAUUCCCUGCUGUGGGAACAGCUACUGCGAUGAGUGUAUUCGCACUGCCUUGCUCGAUUCAGAGGAUCACGUUUGCCCCACUUGUGGCCAGGCAGAAGUCUCUCCUGAUACCUUGAUAGCCAAUAAAUUUCUCAGACAGGCUGUAAACAAUUAUAAUAAAGAGCAAGGCAACAAAAGCUCACAAGGACAGUGCGGCACCUCCAUGUCCAAGAAUUCAACUCCGACACCGAGCCCUGUCCCUACACCUCCCCCUGCCAGCUUGCAGACUCCGGUCCAGAAGCCUCUUCAGUCAUCCUGCAGCCCUCAGGACUCUCACCUUAACCUCCCAAAGGUUUCAAAAACGCCACCAUUAUCGCAGGGUUCUGAUGUUCCUCCUCCAGCAACAAAUUCUGCUUCUGCUGCCAACACACCAAACACUUUUCUCCAGGCUGCACAGAGUCAUGCAGUGGUAUCUAACAAUGAUACAGAAGGAAAGACACAUGAUGACUCAGCAGCUGCUGCCUCAUCUGUGCUGGUUUCUGACAAAGAUCCCAUCGAUGCUCCGUCACAGCUGAAUUCACUAUUAAACAAUAGUCAAGUUGCAGAACCGGUUCAGAAGGUCGAGGAGAACCUCUGGGUCUGCUCCUUAGAUUCAGUUCCAACACAGUCAGGAUCAUCAACCCUCAGGGACAGCACCUCCUCCUCCUCAGGUUUUCCCGCCGGAGGCUUGACUGAUUCCAGCGCCCAGCAGCCUAGUUCCUCUGUGACAUCCUCCUCCUCAUCAUCAUCUUCAUAUCCAACCACACCUUCACCUCUCUUUCCUUCCCCUCUGUUUCACACUUUUAUCCCAACACACCAGCCUCACAGCAAUUAUCCCCCUGGAUACCAGCCAACCACACCCGUCUGGACGCUUCCUGCCCCCAAGGGUGCCCCCAUACCCUCCCUCUGCCCCUCUACUUCAGUGUCCCCUGCCUCUGCCUUCAACCCCAAUGAGUGGUACAGCCAACAAAGGAAGGAAAGGUCACCUUACAGACGUUCUCCUCAUGCCAAGUCCAAAUCUUACCGCUCUUAUUCUCGUUCAACUAGUCGCUCUGGAUCUCGUUCCAGGUCCAGAUCAAGACCCCGCUCCUCAUACUCCAGUAAAAGAGACUACCGUAGCCGCUUUCAUUCCACCAUUUCUAAUCGGUUUGGCUACCAUCGCCCUCGCUCCCCUACGCCGUCAUCCUCUUCUUCAUCUCGAGGUGGCUAUGAAUCCAAAUCCAAUUCACACCACCAGAAGAGCCGUCAUCAUAGCAAGGGGUCGGCCUCAAAGAUGGGGAAAGAAAAGUGGAGAGAACAAGCAGGAGGCUCAUUAAAUUCUCAACAUACAAAUGACACGAGCAGCCUGGAGCUGGACAGACAGCGCUACUUGCAGUGGACGAAGGAGUACCAGGAAUGGUAUGAGAAGUAUUUCAGCAGCUAUACCACCCACUUCCACCAGCUGCCUCCUCCCCCUUCUCCUUAUCUUCAGGACCCUCGCUGCCCACCUCCAAGUAGACUGGUGACGGGCAGCAUGAAAGACUGCUCCCCUUCAUCCGAGUCGUCCAGUGGCAGUCGCUCCCCUUCUUAUAAGUCCUCAAGUGACAGUCACUCCUCAGCAUCUCACUCCUUAAGUGACAGCUGCCAUUCUCCUCGCUCCCACUCGUCCAGCGACGGGCGCUCCUCAAAAUCAAAAGACAGGGCUACUCUGCAAGAACAAAAAACGGAAAACAAGCAAGUAAUACUUAAAAAUGAUACAAACUCUGUGAAACAUGAACAGAAAAGGACAAAGAAACUUGAGAGAAGAAAAGUGGAGGAUUCUUGCUCCUCUGAUUCAGGUGAUUGUACAGAUGACGGCAAAAAGGGCAAGAAGAGUGUCAACACUGAGCCCAAUGCUCGCAAGGGUGAGCCCAAUGCCCGCAAGGGUGACACUGAACUUGGGCGCACAGCAAUUACCAAUGAUGCUUUAGAGCCAGUCCAACCUUCCCCCAAAGUAGAUCACCCUUUAGACAAAGACUAUGAAAAGCCAAAAGCCAAAAAAGAAAAACGUUUGGAAAGAGAGCAAGGGUGGAGAAGAGGUGAGGAUUCAAACUCUAUGAGGCGAAAACACAAAAUAAAGCACGCUAAAAAGCCGGAAAGGGUAGGUGGACGUAGAGAACACCCUGACAACAGAAAAGAUCCCGACUCACUACUGGGGAACAAAAGAAAAAGAGCCGGUCCAGAGAGAAAAGAGAGAAACAGCCGUGUGACUGUUAAACCUCGCACAGCUGAGGCUUCAGAAGAUCCCGAAAGCCGUGAAGGAGAGUCUUCCAAGUUAUCUAACAGAAAGAAGCAAAAUACAGAAGAGAAAAAGGAGAAGAAAUGUUCCUUGACAGAGAAAGACAUCUGGGAGGGAGGAAUAAAGGUGAUGCCUCAAAAAAAGAUAAGCAUCAACAUCAAUCUGUGUGCGAAAAGGAAGGAGGAGAAAACUGAUCAGGAGAACUCGCCUAUAACGGAGAUCUGUCCACAGGAAACCACAAGUCAGACUAGAGGGAAAGAGGAGAGCUGGAACGAAGACAAAACAGAAAUGGAGUUAAAUAAAAAGGGGGAACUCAGCGAGGAAAACAUAUUGGAUGAUAAAAUCAAACCAGAUGAACAAGAAGAAAGACAGAUGUGGAAGGAAGUUACCUGCAAAGAUAAGGAGGAGGAGUGGGGAGUAAAUGCUGUGGAUGAGGGAGAUGGUGAGAAAAAAGCUGCAGGGAAGGAGGACUCAUGGCAUCAUGUUCUUACAGUAGGGGAAGAGGAAAGUGUGAUGGGAAAAGAAGAAGCAGAGAGAGUAAGACAUGCUUGCAGAGAGGAGAUGGACACGUCUGUCCUUAGGUCCCAGGAGCAGAGAGGAGAGGAGGAGAGCCCGUGCAGAGAAAAUGGAGAUAACCUGCAGAGGGAGGAGGAGGGUGAUGGAUGUAACAACACACCAGAAGAUGGCAGUUGUGCCUCCAUGGUGGGUGACUGCGCUGGAGAAGAGAGUCAUGACAAGAAGACUGUGGUGGAAUCUCACACGGAAAACACUCAGGACCACGGUGAAGAAAUCCAGAAUGAUCUUGUUCUCGAACAGUUGUAUUUUACCCACCUGUCUCAGGAACGGCAAUCCAGAUGGGAGAAUAAAGAAGAGCAGGAUGGAGAAGACAUCAGGGUUAGAACUGACACUCACACUGUAGCUACACUUCAUCCAUCAGAGCCACUGACCAAUAAUGAAACACUGAAAGAAGAUGAAACACUUAAUGACGAUGAACGGCAGCGACCACGGUCAGCAGAGGGUGAGAGAGACCGGGAGAAAGUGGCAGAGAGAGGAAGAGACAAGGAGAAACAGAGAAGCUACACUUUACCGUGGACACAGCCGGUUGUGACUCCCUCUAGUGGCCGUGAUAGACCUGACAGCCAUGUGCCUGUAGACAGAAACAGAGAGAUGAGGACUGAGAGGUACAGGGACAGAGAGAGAAGAGACAGUGAGAGGCAAAAAGAAGAUAAAAGAUCAAAACAAGAAACAAGGGAGGAAGGAAGAAGAGACUGGGAGCGGAACAAAAUGACCUCCGUCCAAAGGAGAAAUCCUCCCUCCUACUCUCACAGCUCCCCUCUCCUUACAUCACAAGAAACGGAGAGGAGACACUGGCAGCGGAGGGGUGGCCAGUGCAGCAGCAAGAGCUCAUCCAGCGUGGGAGGCUGGGGAAGCAGCUCGAUAAGCAGUCCUACCAACCCGCCUGAUCCAAAUGCAUCCAAAACCUGUCGAGCCUUAAUGUCUCUGGACCUGAAAAGUAAAGACAAUGACCAUGUCCGCCAAUACUGUAACCAAGGUCCAUCAGUGAGCUACAGAGACCGAUACAAACCUGCAACGGCCCACUCUUCCAGCCACAGGAAGGACAGAGACCCGCUCUUUGGAGAAUCCCUUGGCGGCCCUCAACGAGCAUCUCCUGACUGGGAAAUACAGCAAAGCAAAAGAAGAAAUGAGAGCCGGGGGGAGAAAGGAGAACGUAAACCAGAAAGGGUACUUAAAACGGGGAGAGAAGUGGAGGGGAAACAGAAACCCAGCAGCAGCAGCAGCACUCGCUCAUCAGCAAACCACGACAACGCCAAAGACAAGAGAGAGAAGGAAAAACAGCACAAGUACGAGAAAAGACACGCCUUCCCAGAGCUGCAGGGCGGAGACAGAAGAAAAUACCAAACUAAGAAAUCAAAGAGCUGUAAAGAUGAAGCGGAGGAGGAAAACGGAGGAGAGGCAGGCAACAGGUGAAAGGAGGAAGGAGACAGCACUUAGAGCCGCGCACUUGUCAUCUUGACUGUGAGGAAAUAAGAGUAAAUGUAAUCCUGGAAUGUGUUUCCUUUCUCUGACCAAAUCGUGCCUGGAUAUAUUUAAUCAUUAUUUAAUUUUUUCCCAUGAUACUUUUUGUAUCACGUGAAGAUCUGUUAUACCUCGUAUGACUCAUCCAGAAUUGUGAAGGCAAAGCACUUUAAAAAAUGAAAAUGAUUGUGAAUGAAAACCGAUGCCACGCCUCAGAACUCUUUGAGUUAUUUAAAGUUGAAAAGAUUUUGCACAUGCUUGCGACUAACUCACGGCUGCUAGAAAAACAAAGGUUUACACCGAAUGAACCUGCAACGUUACAAGUUGCACGAAGGACGUCUUACUCUGACUAAACGUGAGUCGGUUAUAUGAUUUGCCUCGCCCAGGGGUGCGUUAUAAGAUUUAUGAUUUGCCUCGCACAGGGUUGCGUUAUAAGAUUAUUUAAUUUAUAAAAAGGCUGAUUUAUUUAAAAUUGUUACAAUGAAGAUUUAUUAUUGCAGCCUCUGUGUUGUUUUGUUUUUCUUUUUAAUUUUGUGAAUGUGUAAAAAAAAAAAAAAAAAACAGCUGGAUGGCUAAAUUAUUAUUUACCAAGGGAAGAUGUAACAUUUCCUGUUUUUGAUGGAAAUUA